CUAUGUAGCUAACAACACAGCUGUCCCUCUGACAGGAGGAGGAGAGGGCCCAGGAACCACUUCUCUGUUGUCUGAGUUGUUGUUUGUACUCACUCUUGGAAUUUAUUUGUCACCAGAAUUUUUCAUUUUUAGGCAUGGAUUUGCUCCUGGAUUCUGGCUAGUAAUAAUUACUUCUCCCAGUUUCAACAUCAAACAGAAUUUAACUCACUGACUAUUUAUCAUGUCUGUGAGUGCCCUAUUUAGGGGCAAGUGGGGCCAGAAGUCACAGGAAACCUCAGAGAAGCAUCUAGCAGAGGUGGUUCAACCCAGCCAGGAGGAGGACGAUGAUGAGGAUGAAUCUAAAGUUGGAUUCAGUAGAGAGCCUAUCCGCAGGAACUCACGCUUUUACCGGUCAAUGAGGAAGAAAAGGCUGGUCUCAUCUGAGCAGUCUGAAAAUUCUUCGAGGUCUGGUUUGGACCACAGUCCAUCCAACAGAGCAAGAUCAGUGUCCUCCCCUAAUGCUCCAUUACCAUACAAAUCACCUUUGUUGCCCGGGGCUAGACGAACUGUGUUGCCAAGCAAUGGUGAGACCAGCAGCAGGCACGCUCUGUACAACAGGGAUGCUGCGGAUAGGACAAGAGGAGGAGUGGGAGGAGGGAGGAGUGUGGACAUAUUUGCUGCCUCCAACAACCAGCAUAGAGAUUUUACAGCUGACAUGAUCGCUUACCGGAGUCACAGCGUUCAUAGCAGAGACAUAAAAAUGCUGUCUGAACAAACAGCUGCAGCUUGCACUGUACAGGAGAUCAGAGGGAAAACCAUGAGCUCACAACGGCCCAGUUCUAGUGGAGCAGACCAGGAGAACAUCAACCUCAGUUUGCUGAGCAAUCGUGAUAGCUCCCAGACAAUCUGCCACAGCCUCAGCAUCAUCAAAAACAUUGCCUUCCUGUACCAGGAAUACCGGGACACCUCCAAGCAGCAAGAGAUUGAGCAACGGCGGCAGCGUGAAAACCUUUCUCACGAGGUCACAGUAGGGACUAUGGUGGCAGGGUCUGGUGUCACUUCCCCUCCAGUGAUACAGCUGCAACUGAGGAACAGUGCUCGCUCACUGAGCUUGUGGCAGAAUCUGGAAGCUGUGCAGGCCAGUGGCCUACUCACCCAGCUACCACAGAAAGAAAUCAUAAUGCAAGAGGCCAUGUUUGAGCUUGUUACCUCGGAAGCAUCCUACUACAAAAGUUUGGAAAUUUUAGAGACUCACUUCCUACGUAACCCUGUUUUAAUCAACACUCUCAGCCAAUCCGACAUGCAUUUUCUGUUCUCCAACAUCGAGGAAGUCAUGAAAGCCAGUGAAAGGUUCCUGAUGGAUCUUGAGCAUCGAAUUGAGAAGUCUAUUUUGAUUUCUGAUGUGUGUGACAUUGUUUACUACCACGCUGUGGAACACUUCAGCGUCUUCAUCAAGUACGUCAUUAACCAGGUGUACCAGGAGAAAAACUACAGACGCAUUUUAGAGGGAAACCAGCCAUUUCGAGAGGCCAUGGCUUUACUGGAGAACCAUCCACGUGUCAGGGGCCUGUCCUUCACCUCAUUCCUAAUCCUUCCUUUCCAGAGAAUCACAAGGCUCAAGCUGCUAGUACAAAAUAUCCUGAAAAAAGCAGAGGAAAACUCAGAGAGGGAAGCAAAUGCUAUAAAAGCACAUCAACAACUGGAGCAGAUUGUGAAAGAGUGUAAUGAGGGGGUGCGAAAAAUGAGUCGUACUGAGGAGCUCAUCAGCAUUGAGAAAACACUGGAGUUUAAAUCCAAGUCUGUGCCCAUCAUUUCCCACUCACGCUGGUUGCUAAAGAAGGGUGAAGUGCAGUUAAUGGCCGGGCCCAAGAGCACAAGGACCAUGAGGAGUCGCAAGCUCUACCAACCAGUCUACUUGUUUCUUUUUAACAAUCUGCUGCUGGUGACCAAGCGCAGCUCUAGUGGGGACAAGUUCCAGGUACUUGAUUCAUGCACACGGGCCAUGUUGAGGACUGAAGAUCUUGAAGACCAAGGCCAGUUGCUGGCCAAUGUCUUUAAUCUUAAGCUGCUGGAGAACCAAGAGGAGCGCCCAGUCAGCUACAUGCUCAAGACCUCCAGCAUGAGUGAUAAGCUUCGAUGGAUGUGUGCUCUCACUCCUAACCGACGCACACGCUUUAUGUCUACCAGUGCCCAUCAACCAGACUCCCCACAGGUGCAGUGUAUUCAGUCAUACUCAUCUCAGGAGCCAGAUGAACUUUCUAUUGAGAUGGCUGAUGUUUUGAACCUCCUAGAGAGAACAGACGAUGGCUGGAUGAUGGGUGAAAGACUUCAUGAUGGUGAAAGGGGCUGGUUUCCUAGUCGAGUAGUAGAGGAGAUCCAGAGCAAGGAGGUCCGAGCUCAGAACCUGAGAGAGGCCUUCAGGAUUCAGCAGGCCCAGGAAAGUGGAGGAGGCCCACAAACUGGGGCCAGGAUUGGUUUAAGGGUGGGGAGACGCACCCCAAAAACCUCCAACUUCUCCAAUCCAUAGAUCAAUAGGGGAGAGCAGUACUGUAAAGUAGGGAAUCAGUAACAGUGAUAAAUGUCACCAUUCAGAGCCAUAUGCACUAAAAGAAAAAUAGUCAGACACAUGUGACUUAAUUCCCACACUCUGACAACUUGUCACUUUGAUUUUAGCAGUUUGUGUGGUUUUAGAAAUCCCUAGUGGGGUCUCAGUGAUCUGGGACAAACUAUCAAAGAGAAUUAUAACUUUGCGCAAGCGAUGCUGCAUGCCUAAUAUACACGUGUGUUGAAGGUGUUUUGUAGGCCCACACACUGUGGUGUGAAAUGCAUGGAGCAAAAUUCUGUGUUUGAUUAAGAGCUAUGUACGGGGAUGGCAAGAACCUUGAAAGUUAUUGUAAACAGUACUGUAAACAUCCCUCAGAUGCAUGGGCAAGUUUAAAUGUCUUUUAAUGUGUUCAUUUCAUUGUAAAAUACUUUUAGAACUGAAUUAUACCCUACACCUACAACACAAACAGUCAAGCAUCUAAUAAAAAAAAAUACAGAAAAUCAAAUUGUAUGCAAAUCACUAAUGGUUGUUUAAAAUGUCUAUAAAUAUUUAAAUAAGUACCUCAGUAGAGUGAUACUCCACCCAAAAUGUUUCUUAUGAGUAUGAAACUCCGGACUAUAGCCAGACUGAAUUGCUGGCUGUAAAAAGUUGCUUCAUUAUGGAGCUGCACACACAAUCAUGCCAACACACACACACACAGACACACAGAGCUAAUAGAUAGCUAACAUAUUCUCCUUAUGACCAUGGAAAAUUGCAUAUUUCACGUAUGAAAUUAUACAUACUGUGCAAGCAGCAAAAUAUAACUGUCAUAUGAUGAAACACUAGACAUUAGACAAUAGUAUUUACAUGUAAUUACUGCGUAUGGUAAAGUAUAUCAAAAACAAUAUCCCAUAAUAAUUAAUCUGAACAAUUUACAGGGUUAAUUUGUUCAUAAGGCAUAAAUAUAUAUACACAUACAGACAUCAGAAUAUAUGAUCACAGUUUUACAGUGAUGGCAACCUGUGACACCACUGACAUAAAUGGCUAGACCACUAUGAAGCUUGAUCCACUCCUCUGCUGUCCAUCAUUAUGCUCAGUAUGUCUGAAAUGUGUGGGUCAAAUGCAGGUGGUCCCUGACCCCUUACUUAACACCCUGAAAACCUCAAAAUGCAUUUUCAGGAAGACAAUGUUAUUAUUUUCCAUUUAUUUACUCUGUAAAUUUUAAGGAGCAUAAUUGUGCUGUUAAUUUAACUACAUUUCAUCUUUGUACUUCUGCUCCUAUGCUGCAUAUUAGAAAAGCCUCAUUAAAGUCUAUGUGCAAAAUGGAAAUUCCAUGUUAUUAGAAAAAAUAUUUCAAGUCAUCCUAUAAUAUUUAUGUCUUAUACUUAUGACAAAUAAAUAAAUACACAAAUAUAAAAUAUUUAUAUAUUAAAAUAUCUAAACAUAAAAAGAAAUUAUAGACAAAGUGGGCUGAGACUACAUGCACUUUUAGUCAGUGGAUAAUUUCAGAUAAAGUCCUCACAUUUUUUAAACUUCUUCGAAUGGUUUUUAUUUCUUUUUUUUUUUGGUGAACAAUGGGUUAUUAUCUUCUCUUUUUGGAAAUACUGUACCAUUCAUUUGCACUCACCUUUAAGCCUACAGCGGUUAAUACUGAUAAAUAAAUAGAUAGAUAAAGUGAUAAAUGUCACUUUUUAAACAUGUCAAUUCAAGGUGUGCACGCACACACACACAUACACACAAGGAAUAAAUCCUGGAAUAGCAAUUUAAUGCCAAAUAACUGCAGUAUGUUGUAGUGUAUCAACAACUAUAGAUAAGCAUGAUUGUAAAGCCUGUGUGUCUAAAUACAAUGUACAGUAAUGCAAACAUGUGAUGUUUCAAGUAAUAAUUGCUAAAUAAGUGCUAUUUCAAUUUGUAAGAAGUUAAUUAUUGUUCAUAAAAAGACAUUAAUCAGA